AAGGAACAAACAUGGUAAUUGUUUGGUCCUUUUUCUCCACAGAGAACAGACUGGACCUGAUUAAACCUGAAUCCAAGGGUCUGAAUGACAUGCUAAACAAGGCUAAUGGACUCUUCAAGAAUGUUAAGAUGACCAGAGAGGCAGCCUUGGACUCCCAGUUCCUGGUGCUGGCAUCAACCUUGGGCAGUCAGAAGGCCAACCAACUCCACACAGACUUUGUAACAUUCGAGCCACACGUGUUUGCAGAUAAACUGUUAAGCUUCAUGACGGGCAGACGAGCAAUCCCAGAGGACCCAGAAGAAGAUGAGGAUGAAGAGGAGGAGAGGAGGAGUGUGGUCAGGGUACCAACUGCGGGCUGGGAGAAACUGGGAGAGGAAGCCAGGAGACACUUCAACAGAGCACCGGCAUUCCACUUUCUGUAUGGAUCCUUUAACCGUGAGGCCAAGGCCCGUGAAUCCAGGAAGCUGAAUAGAAAGGAUGCAAAUAAAUCCGUUGGUCCCAAAAUUGUUCCCAAACAGGUGACAAGUUCUGAUGAGAACACAAAGGAGCAGACUACAGCAGAGGUGGAGUUUAUUCACAAGGCACUGAGGACUCUAACCAUAGAUGAGAGUGGUAAUGUGGAUCCUAUGGACUACUUCGAGUUUGUGAUGGAUCCAGAUUCAUUUGGCCGAACUGUGGAGAACAUUUUCCACCUGUCCUUCCUUGUCAGGGAUGGUCAUGUCCGAAUAUAUCUCAAUGAUGAUCAGCUGCCAAUGAUAGAACCUGCCGAGCCAUACGCAGAAGCAGAGGCAGAUGAGAGGGUGGAUAAACAGCAGGUGGUUGUGUCACUCACCAUAAAUGACUGGAAGCGGAUCAAAAAGGAGUUCCAGAUCAGUUCCCGAGCCUUCCCGAGGAGAGUGGAUGUGGAGGGUCUGGAUGGACCCAGUGGUGGGCAGAACGGCCACACCAGCUCUGAUGAAGAAGAUAGCCCGCCACCCAAGAGAGGAAAAUGAUGUUCAAUCAUAUAAAAAAACACAAGGAUCUCUGUGCCUUGAUGAAGCAGCAUUUACGACUGAGAUAACUUAUUUUCUUCGAUGGAUUAGCCUUUUAAAACUGUAUGUACAAAAGAUAUAUCUAUUUGGCUUAUGACUAAAGGAUCUUCUUUACUAGUACUUCAUUACAUUCUAGAUAAACACGGAGAAAGUAGGUUGCCAUUUUUUAAGUGUAAACCAAAGCCACUUUUUGUAGUACACAUACAUUUGUACAGUAUAUACACGUGUCACACAGACUUGUGAGAAGAGUGUAAAGUAACAAUGCGCUGCAUGUGUUGGGCAGGGUAGAUGAAAACUUCUGUGUUUAAACUCUGAAAAUGGUCAUAAUUUGUAAAAUGUCACUUAAACUGCAUAUAUUUGUAUCCCAGAGGGACAUAUUUUUGAUAUACAGUAUUUUACAAUGGGAAGCUCUAAAGAUAGGAUUACUGUGUGUGA